AAAUUAUACACCACGUAGAAAAAGUAGCAGGUCCAUCAUUCUUGCUAAAAUGCAUUUUGUAGCAACUCAUGGUAUGUGCCACGGAGCCUGGGUGUGGUACAAGGUUAAACCACGGAUGGAGGCCGCAGGCCACCAGUUCACCGCGGUUGACCUAUCCGCAUGUGGCGCAAACCCUAAGAAACUAGAUGAGGUCCGUUCGCUUGACGACUACACAAAACCGUUGUUGGAGGUGCUGGCAUCACUCCCACCAGAUGACAAGGUGGUGUUAGUGGGACACAGUGGCGGCGGCAUUGCUGCCGCUGUUGCCAUGGAGAAGUACCCUCGGAAGAUCUCCCUCGCCAUUUUUCUAACUGGCAUAAUGCCAGAUACAGAGCAUGGGCCAUCGUAUGCUCUAGAUCAGUAUGCUGCGGGAACACCAGCAGAUGCAUGGAAGGACACUCAAUUUUCAGUUUAUGGUGACCCCAAAGAGCCUCUUACAUCACUAGUCGUCGGCCCACACUUCUUGAAAUCAACUCUCUACCAACUAUGCCCCAUUGAGGACUUUACACUAGCAACACUAAUGGUGAGGCCGGGAUCAUUGUUCGUCGAAGACCUACACAAGAUAAAGAAGUUCACAGACGAAGGAUUUGGAUCCGUCACGCGAGUGUAUGUUGUUUGUGAGCAGGAUAAAUGCAUCCCACCAGUGUUCCAACGAUGGAUGAUAGAGAAUAACCCAGUGAAAGAGGUGAAGGUGAUUGAAGAAGCAGACCACAUGCCAAUGUUUUCAGCCCCAGAAAAGCUAUGCAAAUGCCUGUUGGAGAUCGCUGCUUAUAAAUAUAGUACUUGAUAAAACCGUUUUCAGCAGCAAUAUUGAGUAGUGACUAAUGAGCGUGUGUGUUAUUCUGUUGGUCUUUUUAUUGCGUAUGCAGUUAUUGUGUUUGGUGUAAUAAUGGCUCUUUUGGACUUACCUCCAGACCACAGCGGGCUAUGUCUUUGCCAGUUAUUGUGUUUGGUGUAAUAAUGGCUCUUUUGGACUUACCUCUAGACCACAGCGGGUUAUGUCUUUGUGUCCAGUGAAUAAUUUAGUUGGAAAGAAAUUCAAAUCUAUAUAACGAGGGAGAAUGAUUUUUGAAUUUUA